AUGGAGUCACGUUACUCUAAGAGUGCCGUUGAUAGAUCAAACAGAUUCGCCCGUAAGACCGGCAGAAAGCACCUCGUCAGCAAGAACCCAUACCUCUCGCUCUUGGUCAAGUUGGACAUAUAUAACAAGCGAUAUACUGACACAAACAACAACAACAACAACAACAAACAGCUUUACACUUUCUUGGCUCGCAGAACUGGAUCCAAGUUCAACAAGAUCGUCUUGAAGCGUCUUGUUCAGACCAGAACCAACAAGGUCGCCGUCUCGAUCUCCAGAAUCGCCAACGCCAUGAAGGACAGAAAGGCUGGCAAGAUCGCCGUCAUUGUUGGCCCAGUCGUCAACGACGAGAGACUUUUGGACGUCCCCAACAUGACUGUUGUCGCCCUCAAGUUCUCCGAGUCGGUUCGUGCCCGCAUCGUCAAGGCUGGCGGCAGAGCCCUCACCUUUGACCAGUUCGCUCUGAUCAGACCAAGAGGAAACAACACCUUCCUGCUCAAGGGUGUCACCAAGGCCAGAACUGUCUACAAGCACUUCGGUCGUGCUCCAGGUCUCCCAGGCAGCACUGCUCGUCCAUACGUCCGCUCUGCCGGAAACAAGUUCGAGAGAGCCCGUACCUUCUCCAACUAA